UCCUAAACCGACCCGCUGUUUCGAGUAACUGUAAAUUACUCGGAGACAAAAUUGCUCGCAUCGAGCCCUAGAGGUACUCAGGUGCCCCGAAAAUUCUCUAAAUUAGGUGCGUUGAGUAUUUUGCUCUGUUCACGAAAGAUUGGAAGUGAGUAAUUAUGGAUUUUGAUGAAUAUGAGUACUUAGAAAAGACGGUUGAAACUACGGAGCCUCAAAAGGCAAAGGAAGAUGGUAAUGGUGGCAUUGACAGUGUCAAAUCCGAAGAGAGGAAUCGAAGUCGGAGUUCAAAGCAUAAGAGGGAGGAGAGAGCUGAUGAUUAUGACAAUGAUCAUCGACGUUCCAAGCGCUCGAACUCGCGAGAGGAAUCAUCACGUGAUCUUGACCGGCACAAGGAACGGAACUCAAGAAAUGGAGAGAAGGAUAGGCACAGGAGCAGCCGAGAACACAGAGACAAGGACAGGGACAGGGAGGAGAGGAAUGGGAGGGACAGAGAGAGGGAACGUGAAAGAGAUAGGAAAGAGCGUGAUCGUGAGAGUGAGAGGGACAGGGACAGGGAAAAGGAGAGAGAGAGGUCAAAGAGAAGCCAAAGUCGAUCAGAAAGAGAGCAAGAGAGAAGUCGGGACAUGGAGUUUAGUGAAAGAGAGUCGAGGGAACGAGACAGGGAAAGCAGAUGUGCUAGAGCAAUCUUCAGAUGGUCUUUCUGGCAAUUGGGCCAGGCACUGGAACUCAGGAGGAAUAAAGACAAAAAGGAAAAUGCAGCAGAGGCUGAGGCUGAUCCAGAAAGAGAUCAGAGAACUGUAUUUGCCUAUCAGAUAUCUUUGAAGGCUAGUGAAAGAGAUGUUUAUGAGUUCUUCUCUAGGGCUGGCAAGGUACGGGAUGUUCGCCUCAUAAUGGAUCGAAAUUCAAGACGUUCCAAGGGGGUUGGGUAUAUUGAGUUCUAUGACGUAAUGUCAGUCCCUAUGGCAAUAGCACUCUCUGGACAGCCUCUUCUUGGUCAACCGGUGAUGGUGAAACCCUCAGAAGCUGAGAAGAAUCUUGUUCAGUCAACUACAUCGGUGGCAGCUGGACAGACAGGUCCAUAUUCUGGUGGGGCUAGAAGGUUGUAUGUUGGCAACCUACAUUUCAACAUUACAGAAGAUCAACUUCGUCAGGUUUUUGAACCUUUUGGUUCUGUGGAGCUGGUUCAGUUGCCUCUUGACGAAACUGGUCAUUGUAAAGGUUUUGGUUUUGUCCAGUUUGCCCGUCUAGAAGAUGCUAAGAAUGCAUUGAAUUUGAAUGGACAGCUGGAGAUUGGAGGUCGAGUAAUCAAGGUAUCAACUGUUACUGAUCAAGGUUUAUUGCAAGAUGUUGAGACAAAUGCCGCUGAUCUUGAUGAUGACGAAGGUGGUGGCUUGUCUCUGAAUUCAUCCUCUCGAGCAAGUCUCAUGGCAAAGUUGGAUCGCAGUGGCACUGCAUCAAGUAUUACUGGUUCGGUAGGCAUUGCUGGUAAUAGCACUGGCCUAACUGCUACAACAGCAACAAUCCUUGGUGCUGCACCUGCGGUACCGUCCCUUGUUCCCCCUACUCUACAGGCCCAUGUUCGUACUAUCUCUGGACUUCCAGGUGUGGGUCUGCAACUCCCUACUAAUGGCAUCCCUACUAUCGACACAAUUGGAACCCCAAGCGAAUGCCUAUUGUUGAAGAAUAUGUUUGAUCCAGAUCUGGAGACGGAACCAGAUUUUGAUUUGGAUAUCAAAGAAGAUGUUCAAGAAGAAUGUUCAAAAUUUGGAAAAUUGAAGCAUAUAUAUGUGGACAGGGACAGUGCUGGUUUUGUCUACUUACGGUUCGAAGAUACGCAAGCUGCAAUGAGUGCACAACGGAACCUACAUGGAAGAUGGUUUGCUGCAAAAAUGAUUACUGCAACAUUCAUGGUGCCACAAACCUACGAGGCAAAGUUUCCAGACAGCAAGAGAUUGUUGGAAUGAUGUUUAGCCUAAGGCUGUGUUUGAAAUCUAGAGGGUUCGUUAGGAAUUAUAAUUUCCCUGAAAUUUGAUAUCCCCUGGAACUUGAAUGAGAAGUUCAAAUAUCUGUGUUUGAAAUUAGAUGCACUAUUUCCUACAAAUUUUUAUUUUUAAUUUUUGCUGUUUGAUAUACCACUGCAAAAAGGUGGGAAUAGUUGUUGAUGACAAUAAAAUUCUUACAGGGCCCCUUGUGGUAGGAAAAAUAUUUCUAUUUUCUAAUGCAGAACUAUGUUUAGA